UAGCGUCUCUGGUCCUUUCUCACAUCAGCCGCGAGUUCGGCAUCGGCGCGGUCGGUCUGUCGGUCUGCGCACCGCAGGCAGAGAGGACGGUCAGCUGGUUCGUGUAACGAGAGCGCGCCGCUGUGGGAAUCCAGAACGCGGGAGCGCGAGGGGCGCGAGCGGAGCUCGGGCGCGCGGACGGAUCUCCUAAAACAAAGGAACAGAGCAGCAGAAUGGACUGAUAGCACUACUAUAUGAUAGCUGAUGGAUCACUGCUCCACUUGCAGAUUUCAGUGCCAUCUUGUUUUUGUGAGGUCUUGUUAAAUCUUUAGAAGACCAGGUCUUUUGUCCCUUUUUUCUCUGAGUGCAUCUGGGCUCCAGCAGUGAGGGAGAGGAUCCUUGAGGCAGUGUCUCACAAUCUUUAGUUAUGGGGGAGGAUGAGGAACAGCGAAAGCCAGUGGUGGUUCAGACCAGCCAGAUCACUCCCAGAAAAGUGCCAUUCACAGAGGAGGAGAGCCUACAGGCCCUCUUUCUUGAGCUCCACGGGGAGAUGACCAUGUUUGUGGGAAGAGCGGAGGAUGCAGUUAUUGCCAUAUCCAACUACCGGCUCCACAUCCGAUUCAAGGAGUCAGUUGUUAAUAUUCCACUCCUGCUGAUUGAGAGUGUUGAGUGCCGGGACAUGGUCCAGCUCCUCCUCACCUGUAAGGACUGCAAAGUCAUCAGGUGCCGGUUCUCAACCUUCGAGCAGUGUCAGGAGUGGCUGAAGAGGCUGGCGUGUGCUGUCCGCCCCUCACCACGCUUGGAGGAGUUCUUCUCCUUCAUCUUCCAUGCCUGCUGUGCAGAGAUGUGCUCCUUGGAAAAGGAGCAGCGAGUGCAGCACUGCCAGCCUGGAGACCAUGUCACCUUGCGGUUUGUGAAUGAAGUGCAGCGAAUGGGGUUCGACAUGCAAAAGGCCUGGAGGAUAACUAAAAUCAACAAGAAGUACAGGUUGUGUUCCAGUUACCCAGAGCAGCUUCUGGUUCCAGCCUGGGUCACUGAUACAGAACUGGAGAGCGUGGCCACCUUCCGCUCCUGGAAGCGGUUUCCAGCUGUGGUCUAUAGGCAUCAGAGCACAGGGGCAGUCAUCUCUCGCUGUGCUCAGCCUGAGGUGAGCUGGUGGGGCUGGCGCAGUGCAGAUGAUGAGCAUCUGAUACAGUCCAUUGCCAGGGCCUGCACUAUGGACACUGGUUCCCGCUCUACUGAGUCCAGUAACGUUGCCCAACUCUCCGCUGUGUACUUCGAUGCCCACACAACACACAAAUCUGUGGUGGAUGCCAGAGGACCACGAUCCCAGAAGCUGCUGAUCCUGGAUGCCAGGUCAUAUGCAGCUGCUGUAGCCAAUCGGGCAAAAGGGGGAGGUUGUGAGUACCCAGAAUACUAUCCUAACUGUGAGGUGGUUUUCAUGGGCAUGGCUAACAUCCACUCCAUUAGAAGGAGCUUCCACUCUCUACGACUGCUCUGCACACAGAUGCCUGACCCAACCAACUGGCUGUCUGCUUUGGAGGGCACAAAGUGGCUGCAGCACCUGUCACUUCUGAUCAAGGCUGCCCUACUGGUAGCAAAUGCUGUGGACCGAGAUCACCGACCCGUCCUGGUGCACUGUUCUGACGGCUGGGAUCGCACACCCCAAAUAGUUGCCUUGUCCAAGAUUCUGCUGGAUCCCUAUUACCGGACCAUUGAGGGCUUUCAGGUCCUUGUGGAAAUGGAGUGGUUGGACUUCGGACACAAGUUUGCAGACCGCUGUGGCCAUGGGGAGAACUGGGAGGACAUAAAUGAGCGCUGCCCCGUGUUCAUGCAGUGGCUAGACUCCGUGCACCAACUGCAACGCCAGUUCCCCUGUUGCUUUGAGUUCAAUGAGGCCUUCCUGGUAAAGCUGGUACAGCACACCUACUCUUGCCUAUUUGGGACCUUCCUGUGCAACAGCAGACGUGAGCGGGAGGAGCGUCGUAUCCAGGAGAGGACGUGCUCUGUGUGGUCGUUGCUACGGCCCAACAACCCUGCCUUCCACAAUGUCCUCUACUCUGCCCACUCUGAGGCGGUACUUCAACCAGUGUAUCAUGUUCGCAGCCUAAUGCUGUGGAGUGCUGUCUACCUGCCUGCCUCCUUCCCUGCCACACCCUCAGAUGACACCAGCACUUUUUACCCAGAGGAUCCACACCAAAGCAGGCUUCCAAAAACAAGAUCCUUUGAAAGCUUGCCUAGCUUGUGUGAGUCAGAGGGGUCUUUGACAGUCAUCCGACGCUCUAGUGUUCCGAGUUUGAACAAAUGGAAGGAUCAGCGGCAUCCACUGGAGUUCCGAAUGGGAGUAUUGCCUGAAGUACUCAAAACUCAAGACCCAGGAUGUAUCUUCACACAUGUGCAAGAUGCAGUGCAAAGGCUAUGCCAACCAGAAGAGGAAGAGUCUGAACAUCAAGGAAAAUUACCCAGUUAUGGUGAGGAACUUAAUGGUGUAAAUGCAUGCAUUGGAAUGGAACCAUUCGUGAGCCGACUAGCUGAGGAUGCAGCACUGUCAGUGACAUUAACCAUGGAGCAGAUGGCGAAUAUUCUUCAGGAAGCAUCAGAAGAUGAUGAAGAUGGUGUAGGGGAGAUCCAGAAAGACAAUUACUUUGACUGUGGGAAGAACAAAAAUGUUCGACCUCAGAUUCAUGAAGCAGUGACUCGUCACUACAAACGUUCUGACAGCCUGCUUAAACAGGCCUUGGAGGACCCUAAAGUUCAGGUGUACAGUGAUGGGUUGAUAUCUAAAGAGGAAUCAGCCAAGUGUCAAUACAUGAACCCACACCCCGCAGUGUCUGGAUCCGGGAUUGCGGCGUGUGGCCGUGGUACAGCCUCAAGGAGUGACCCUAGAGUCACAGAGAGUCCCUGUCAGCUGGCCCUUGGUUCUGAUCUUCUUCCAUCUGCUGUCCUGGACAAGUCUGAGGACAGUGACUCACAGUUGUUGGGAUCUGUUAAUCCACUGACAGAGAGAAAGAGCCUGUUACAGCUUCCACCCAAAACCUUGGUUAGUUUUCCUAAUGAGGUGGACUGGUCCCACAAAGCUGAGAUGGCCUUGGAGGCAGAUAAGCUGGAAGCUCCUGAGACGGUACCUGGGGCCCUGACCUCCACUCCAGAUGGGCCACAUGAGCCCUUUGGUCUUGAUGAAGAUGGGCUGGCGCUACACUGCGAUGUGGUCCAGCAGCGGUUAUGGCAAAUGGAAUUGAACCACCGACAGCAGGUUGAGGUCUUGAGGAGACAGGUACAGGAGCUCUGGGGCCGUCUGGACGCCCAGCGCCUCUACAGGAAACGCUGCAGCAAUGGGAACUUGGGCCACGCAGCGCUGUCAAUGCUGAAUUCAGAGCAUCAUUCCCAGUCUGACUCCCUGUUAUGCUGUGGUCCAAAGCUGCUUCUCCAGACCAGCUGUGAGCAGGAGCACCUGCCAGAGGCAGAGGAGACUGAUCACACAGCAGCCCAGUGUCAUAGCUAUGAGGGUGGUUUUUGGCAGUCUGGCAAGAAACAUCACUGCAGGAACUGUGGGCACAUGUUCUGUACCAGUUGCUGCGAUGACCUAAUGGAGCCUAGCCACAUAUGCAGAGCUUGCUAUGGCAACGGGCAGCUGUCUGCAAUGUCCCCUGUGGACCUGGAGCUUCAGGAGCCGAUCACAGCCAACUCCCACUAACCCUACCUUGCCAAACAUGGCAUGCUUGUGUGAAACCAGCCUACAGGGACAGUAAAGUGGCUAUGGAUGUGGUAAAUUUUCAUAUGCCUGUGUGUUUAGAGAGCUGUAGAUCAGGUGUCACAUGUAAAGUUAGGUAUGCGCUUUUGAUUUUAAUGUGCAUCAAACUGUCCUCACCUGUGGACAUGGCACUAAAGGGUUUGCAAUGAAGGCUGCUCAGUGUGUCUGUCAUGCAUCAAGCGAAGAGCAAUGUCAUUAGUGUGCUGUCUGUCAUACUGGAUGGUCUCUGCUCCCACAGAGAAUCUGCAAGAAGCACCAGUGAUACUUAAAGUUGCACAGUAGUCACUGGAGAACUAUAGGGGGUAAUAUUUCAGUAUUUCAGGCAAUCUUUAGUGUCUCAAAUUUUACUGCAUUUAAUAAGGUAUAGUAGCAGGAUGGGUUUAGGUGGAGCUAUUCUAUCAACAUGUGAUUUAAACCAAGGUUAUAAACUGCAUAACUGGAUAGUGUAGUUUU